AUGACUUCAAAAUUUUUGGUAGAAUUAUCUAACGAUUAUGAAAAACUUUUUGAAACAGAAAUUGGAUAUGAUGUUAUUAUUUAUGCCGGAGAAGAACCAAAUGUCAAAGAAAUUCAUGCUCAUUCAAAUAUUUUGUGCAUUAGGUCCCAAUAUUUUCGCACUGCACUUUCUAAUGAAUGGGCAGAGAAGAAAGAUGGAAAAUUUAUUUUCAAAAAGCCAAAUAUUGCACCACAUUUAUUUAUUAUUAUUCUAAGGUUUAUUUAUUGUGGUAAUAUUAAAUUGAUGGAUUUACAAGGUCCUGAUAUAUUGAGAUUGUUGAUAGCAGUAGAUGAACUCAAUAUAUAUUCUUUGAUUUCUUAUAUUCAAGAAUUUUUGAUCAAAUAUCAAACUGAAUUUUUACAUCAAAAUCCAACUGAAAUUCUUGAAACAGUAUAUGAGCAUGAAAUGUUUACAGAUUUAUGGAAUUUUUAUCUUGAAAAAAUUUGUGAGGAACCUAAAGUUUUGUUUGAUUCUGAUGAUUUCAUUAAUUUAAAAGCUUCUUUAUUAGAAAUUUUAUUAAAAAGGGAUGAUUUGUAUAUGAGUGAAAUUGAAAUUUGGGAAAAUUUGUUAAAAUGGUGUUUUGCUCAACAAAAUAUGAAUAAUGAUCCAACAGAAUGGAGCAAAGAAGAUAUUACAAAAAUUGGAAGGGAAUUGCACAGAUUCAUUCCUUUAAUUCAAUUUUAUAAUAUUGAACCUGCAGAUUUCUUUUAUAAAGUCCAUUGUUAUAAAGAUAUCUUACCACAAGAUUUAAUUCAUGAUCUUUUAGAGUUUCAUAUAGUUCCUAAUGUAGAACUUAAAUCUGAUGUGAUACCUUCAAGAAAACUAAAUUCAAAAUAUCAGCUUGAUUCAACUUUGAUUGAACCAAACCAUCUUCCUCUUUUUGCUUCGUGGAUUAAUAAAAAUAAUCCUUUACGUUAUAAUAGAAAAAAUAAUUCUUAUGAUUUUAAAUUAUUAUAUCGUUCAAGUUGGGAUGGAAUUGACCCUUAUUUUUUUCAUAGAAAUUGUGAUUAUAAAGGAGCUACUAUUUGGAUAGCAAAAAUCAAAGGUUUAACACAAUUAAUUGGAGGGUAUAAUCCACUUGAUUGGGAUGGAGUUUCAUAUUGGAAAACUACAGCAGAUAGUUUUAUAUUUAAUUUCACAGAUAGAAAAAAUAUUUCAACUGCAAAAGUAAGUUAUGUUACCAGUAUAAAUAGCGCUGUUUAUUGUGAUAGUAUUUAUGGACCCACUAUGGGUAAUAUUAUCUGUAAAGAUAAUAAUUGGUCUAAUAAGAUUUAUAGUGAUGGAGAGCGUUAUCCUAAUAUAGGAAUUCCAACAAAUUUUGAAGUAGAAGAUUAUGAAGUAUUUCAAGUAGUUAAAAGAUAAAUUGUUUUAUAUAAAAUGCAUUUUUAAUUUUUCAAUAAAGAAUUUUUUUUAUACUUAG